CCAAAGUCGCCGGCCAUGUCGAGCCUGAUGGACAAGGCGAAGGGGUUCGUGGCCGACAAGAUCGCCCACAUGCCCAAGCCGGAGGCGUCGCUGGACAAGGUGACCUUCAAGGGCAUGACCCGCGACGCCAUCACCGUGCACAGCCACGUCAACGUCACCAACCCCUACUCCCACCGCAUCCCCAUCUGCGACAUCACCUACUCCCUCAAGUGCGGCGGCAAAGAGGUCGCGUCCGGCACGAUCCCCGACCCGGGGUGGAUCGAGGAAAGCGGCGAGAUCACCAAGCUGGAGGUGCCGGCCAAGCUGCCCUACGAUUUCAUCAUCACGCUCAUCAAGGACCUGGGCAGGGACUGGGACAUCGACUACGUGCUCGACGUCGGCCUCACCAUCGACCUCCCAAUCAUCGGCAACUUCACCAUCCCGCUCUCCACCUCCGGCGAGUUCAAGCUCCCCACCAUCGGCGACUUCUUCGGCGGAUCCAAGACCGAGGAAGCUGCUGCCACCUAGCUACCAGAGAUGUUCUGCUCCAUCGAUCUAGCGUGCUCUGCAUCUGCAUAGCGCAUGUACGAGUAUGAUCACAGCAAUAAUCAGCUAAUAUGCAUCUCGAAUUGUCGCGUUUUCGUC